AUGAACUCUCUAGCAGCAUUCUUCGCUGCUCUUUCCGGCAAGUACUUAGCUCGAUCAUUAGGAGGAGGUGCUAGAAUGAAGACUUACAGGGGAAUGCUGCUCCUUUCAGUGAUGCUAGUAGCUACAUUGUCUUGGGCAGCAAGGGAAACAAGCGAAGUCAUGGAACCGGCGCACCAUUGUCCGGACCACGACGACGGCGAUUAUUACAGGUGCAGAGGUAGAUUUAACGGGGGUGGAGGUCCCAACAUCGGUGAUGGAAGUGGCGGUAACUUUGGUGGAGGCAACGGCGGUAACUUUGGUGGUGGUGGAGGAAACUUUGGAAACGGGGGAGGGCCUGGUUCCAACUUUGGGGGUGGAACUGGGGGGAGCUUUGGAAAUGGCGGUGGUGGCCCGGGUUCCAACUUCGGGGGUGGUGGAAGCUUUGGGAAUGGAGGUGGUGGCCCGGGUUCCAACUUUGGAGGUGGUGGUCCGGGUUCCAAUUUUGGAGGUGGAAGUGGAGGGAGUUUUGGCAAUGGAGGUGGUCCGGGUUCGAACUUUGGUGGUGGAAGUGGAGGGAAUUUUGGCAAUGGAGGUGGUCCGGGUUCUAACUUUGGUGGUGGAAGCGGAGGGAGUUUUGGCAGUCCUGGAGGGAACAUCGGCAGUGGAGGAGGCAGCGGAAUUGGUGGUGGAAGCGGAGGGAGUUUUGGCAGUCCUGGAGGGAACAUCGGCAAUGGAGGAGGCAGUGGAAUUGGUUUUGGUAGCCCGAAUGCUGGCGGAGGUGAUGCGUCUGGGAGCAGCGGUGGUAACUCAGGUCUAAGAAUCGGUUUCUACUCGUCAUCGUGUCCAAAUGCGGAGAGCAUUGUGCGAGCUGCCUUCUCUGGAAAUUUUAUUACCGAUCCAACAGCACCCGCAGCACUCCUUCGGCUGGCUUUUCACGACUGCCAAGUCGGGGGUUGCGACGCGUCCAUCUUGCUCGACUCGAAAGGUUCCAUCAAAAGCGAGAGAGACUCGGACAAGAACUUUGGCAUCCGCCGCUUGGAUUUCAUCGACAGGAUCAAGUCGAUGCUGGAGGCUGCCUGUCCGGGAGUCGUCUCGUGCGCGGACAUCAUCGUUCUGGUGGCCAGAGAAUCCAUCGUCUUCACCGGAGGCCCGACAAUCCCCGUGCUCACAGGAAGAAGAGAUGGCACAGCCGCUUCCAACGCCGCAGCCGACAGGCUGUUGCCUCCAGCAACCGUAAGCGUCGACAACUUCAUCAGCCUCUUCGCAUCCAAGGGCCUCUCUCUCGACGAAAGCGUUGCAAUCAUCGGAGCUCACACAAUUGGAGUUGGGCACUGCGUCAACAUUGUGAAUCGGCUCUAUCCAAACCAGGACAGUAAGAUCGGCCUCCUGUUCGCGAGCCGGCUGAGAGUCCAGUGCCCGACGGCCAAUCCCCGGAUGCUCAACAACAUUACAGUGAUCAACAACGAUAUGACCAACCUCGUGUUUGACAACCAGUACUUCCGGGACCUUAUGAACGGGCAGGGGCUCUUCACCAUCGAUUCGGAGCUUGCGCUGGACAGCCGCACGUCGCCAGUGGUGGCGCGCUUCUCCACGAACCAGCAGCUCUUCCUCGACACAUUCUCUUCGGCUUUCGUCAAGCUCACGUCCAGCAAUGUCUUGACGGGACAGAGUGGACAGGUUCGAAAGUACUGCCACUCGGUGAACUAGAUUUAUAGAGUAUUGGGAGACGCCAUUUUGGAUGUUGCUUCUUGUUCAGAGUUUAGAAGUUGCAUUUGGCUUCCACAAAUAUUCUAUGGAGUUGUAGAAUUAGUCUUUUGACUUAGCACUUAUAUGAUAUUUAUGUUAUUUUGGAAGAUUUUGUUUGAGUAAAAUUAUUAUUGAGAAAAAA